AUGGGGCGAUGGGCAGGAGUGAUUUGGAUAUACAGUAUCAUCUUCUACCUCCCACUUGAUCUCUUCAAGUUUGCCAUUAGAUAUGCUCUCAGUGGAAGAGCUUGGGAUAACUUGCUUCAGAACAGGAUGCCAUCUCCAUUGCCCAAUGAGCAUCCGCUGUUUGAAGAGUUCUGCCAGAGAGAGGUGGAAGAAUCAGUUAGACAAGGAAAUGCUGGUUCAGUUGUUCAGGAAGCUGUCUUACAGGUCUCCAAUUGGGGUUUCAAACUUGCUGACCUCAAAGCUUACCACAUGGGAAAGAACAAGAAGAACAAGAACAAGAACAAGAAGCCUCCUCUCUUGGAUUCUACUAUUACUGUCCAGGAUCUUACAUGUCGAAGUGCUCCGAAAGUAGAUCUGGUGUCCCCGUCAAAGUUUGCCGAAGAUACUGCUGGGGAAUUGCCCGCUGAGAGCUCUAAGCUUGAGCAAGGUUCUGUUGAGGACGAGGGGUCGUUGGCAGCUUUUCUGGAGAACAAGAUAACUAAAAAGGAGGUUGACGAUUUGCUCUUAGAGGUUGAUUCCAAGCUUAGUGGAGGAUGCUCACUUGAGGUUAAAGGUGAUAUUGUUACAAGUCUGGCAGCAUGUGUUGAGAAGCUGUCGACGGAUUUCUAUUCUACAGCUACGCAGAUUUCAAAGUUCACUAAUAGCCUCAGACAUAAAGAGGACCUAUCGAGUGAGUUUCUUUUUAAAAUUUGGAAAAGCUUAAGUGCUAAUGUGGAGGAAUGCUCUUCCAGCGGUGGAGAGAAUUUUCAUGUAUGCUAUAUUAAGUAG